AUGUCAGUGAACGACCAAAUAACUCAUAUAGGAAAAACUUUGUCCACAACGGCGUCCGCUUUACUAAACUACCAAAAAUCGAACAGCAACACCCAAGAUGUGCUAACCAAUAGUGGGCCUUAUAAAAAUUUGUUAUCCAAGACCAUCAAUAAUACAAGCUCGGCUUCAUACUUUCAGAAGAGGAAUGAACAUAGUCCCUUCAUAGAAAAUGGAUCUAAUACUUUUGAAGAUAUUUAUUCAAAGACAAGAAGGGGCGAUGUAUUCAAAAACAAGUUCACAGACAACAAAACAUGCUUCAGAAUGCUCACGUACAUAAGUGAUGAUCUUUUGAAUGAAAUUCCAACUAAAGAAGGUCUCAAGAGUAAUGCAGACGGUAAGCUUCUAACAGAAGGGGGCGAAGAUGAAAAUCUUAGGAAAAAUGCAUCCAAAAGAGACUCAUCCUUGUUUCAGGGCUUUAAAAGCUACCUGCCAAUAGCGGAGCUUGCCAUUGAGAACACCGAAAGAUUAAACUAUGACACAAAUGGUACAGAUGGUGCAAAAAACGUUGUGUCUAAGACAAGUGAACGAGAAGAAAUGCACACAAAGCUUCCUGAUUUCCAAGAUUCAUUCCUCAUACCGCCUGGAGUGGAAACUAAAAAAAUAAGUUCCUCUUAUUCCCCUAGUGCAUUGAAAAAUUUUUCUCAAACUCUUGUAAAUAGUUUAGAGUUUUUAAAUAUUCAGAAAAAUUCUACGUUAUCCGAAGUAAGAGACAUUGAAGUUGAAAUUGAGGAUCUCAGGCAAAAAAAAGAGAAACUGCUUGGUAAAGUUGCCAACAUAGAACAAAAUCAAUUAUUACUGGAAGACAACCUCAAGCAGAUUGACGAUAGGUUGGACUUCUUGGAAGAGUACGGGUUGGAGGUGAUCGAAGCUAGUAGCGACGAAAAUGCGGAAGAUGAUAAUAUAGGUGGGCAAAAGACCCCUACUAAUGGUGCUAAAAGAAACGCGAAUGGCGCUACAAAAAGUAUAUCAUCAGAAACUUCCAACCUAACCUCAAGGAGAAGACAACCACUUCGAGACGAUAAUUCAUUGAAUAAACUGGGUGCUUUUUAUAACAAGUACAAAAAAAGGCACAGAAAAAGCUUCCCAACGUUCCAACAGCUUUAUGAACCAGGAACAAAAAUUGGCUCUAUAAUGUCAACUCACGAUGAUUCCCUCACUUGCUUAGAUUUUGAUGCGCCCUUUGGCACCUUGUGUACAGCUGGAUAUCUCGAUCACACGGUAAAAAUUUGGGAUUUAUCCAAGCAAAACAAAAUUGGUGAACUAGCAGGGCACCUUGCUACGAUUAAUUGUAUGCAAAUCGAUCGUGAUUACGGAACUCUCGUUACAGGUGGUAGAGAUGCAGCUUUGAAAUUAUGGAAUUUGAAUUUAGCUCAACAGCUUUACCAGGAAACACAAAAUCUUACCUCUCCAACAAAUCAUAUUGAUUCUCCAUGUGUUUAUACAUUUGAGGCACAUACCGAUGAGGUUACUGCAUUAUCAUUGGAUCCUAGUUUCUUGGUAAGUGGUUCACAGGAUAGGACAAUUAGGCAAUGGGACUUACGUUCUGGGAAAUGUAUGCAAACCAUUGACUUGAGUUUUGCAAAUGUCUUAACAACAGCCACUAAUGUCGAUUUAUCAAAGAGCACGCUUCUUACUCAAAGAAGUGAGAGACCUAGUAUAGGUGCACUACAAAGUUUUGAUGCAGCUCUAGCGACGGGUACAAAAGAUGGUAUUGUAAGGUUGUGGGAUUUAAGAUCCGGUAAAGUGAUUCGUACUUUGAAAGGACAUACAGAUGCCAUAACGUCAUUGAAAUUCGACUCCGCGUGCUUAGUCACCGGUUCAUACGACAGAACAGUCAGGGUCUGGGAUUUAAGGACCGGAUUGUUGAGUAAGUUUCAUGCGUACAGUGCACCGGUUCUAUCGUUAGAUCUCUUCCAGGAGAACGCUGCAGUCGUUGUCGCAAACGAAACGGGUGUCCAGAUAUACGAUAGCAACAAGGAUGAAAGUUGGCCUUGCCUCGAACAAGGUAACGAGACUAGCGUUACUGCCGUUAAGUACAAAGAGAAUUACAUGGUUGAGGGUCGUGAGAAUGGAGACGUACAUAUUUGGGCGGUAUAA